ACCCUCGGGUGCUGCUAUUUCGUCACGCCCCGAGACUGUGGGUGCUGCAAAUGGGCCGCUCCAAGUUCCAAUUUUUGAAGACUUUGGCUUUUCUCGCGUUGAGUGUCGGGCAUGUGAGAACGUCUUCUCCCCAGGAUUGCCAUGGAGAUGGCCCUGUUAAAGAUUACAUCACACGCUGUGAUUUCAACGAUGACGCCAAACCCUACUGCGACUGGGUCCAACCAGUAGGCAGCGACGAUGGAGACUGGGACCGCUCGAAAGGUUCGGUAUUAACCAAGCCAUUGGAGGACCAUCCUGCUCCUUGGGACGGGGCCAACAGGACAGGUUACUACAUCUACCUGGAUACUGUCAAAUAUCAUCCCAAACAGUUCAUCCGUCUGGAAAGUUCGACUGUGAAUGUCACUGGCGAUGUGUGUGUCGAGUUCUCUUACUACAUGUAUGGAGGGUUUGAUAAUGGACAGACCCUCAGAGUCCUACUCGCUCAAGACCCAGGCGACAUGCAGCUGUGGAGUCGCAACGUAUCCCAGAGCCACGCCUGGCUGUCGGGGUCAGUCACCAUCCCGGGGCAGACCAGCGGCACCGUCCGGGUUAUUUUUGAGGCGACCCGAGGCGGGAACGACUCGGCUCAAACGGCGCUGGAUAACGUUGCCAUAACGAUGGGGCCUUGCUUCGCUUGUAUCAGAGGUUGCGAUUUUGAUGAGGACCUGUGUGGUUGGACGACAGAGAAGUAUGUGGGUGAUAAAGAUGAUUUUGGCUGGCAACAGUGGACAGGCAACACACCCACAGAUCACUCAGGCCCUGAUGAUGACUUCUCCAAGCCUGGCUGUAAGGAAACAGUGUUUUUAAAAUCAUACUCACAGAAUUACUGCAGCACAAAUCAACUUUAG